AUGGUUCCAGUGGCACCCGCUGAUGGGUUGUCCAGGGAUGCUAUCAGAAAGACAUGGGGCCGACCAGGCCUCAUCUCUAAUGUGGAUAUCCUCACUCUGUUCUAUGUGGGCCUGCCCAAGGAGGGCCAAAGCUCCCACAUUCAGCAGGACCUGGAGAGGGAGAGCAAAGAACACGUUGACAUCAUCCAAAUGGACUUCCUGGACAGCUACCACAACCUGACUAUCAAGACCAUGAUGAUCAUGGACUGGCUCGCCACCCACUGUCAGGGUGCCUCUUUUGCGAUGAAGGUGGAUGCAGACAUUUUCGUCAACGUGUUCUACCUGGUCAAUAAGCUGUUAGUUGGUGGUGGCCUUCUCAGGCAUAAGUACAUCACAGGCUCAGUCAUCAGUGACGGCAAGCCUCGUAGGGAUAGGAAGAGUAAGUGGCAUCUGUCUGAGGACGUUUACCCUGAAGACACGUUCCCCCCAUAUGUCUCUGGAGCAGGGUAUGUCUUCUCUAUUGACCUGGCCAACAUGAUCUCAUGGGCAUCCAGGUUUGUGAGACCCAUCCCCCUGGAGGAUGUCUAUGUGGGGUUGUGUCUCAGGGUACUAGGGGUUCGGCCUGUGUACUCCCAAACGCUGCUUCCUCCCAGGAACCUGUUUGAGAUCCGUCGGUUGGAUUAUGAGAGGUGUACGUACGCCACGCGGGUCAUUGUCACUGGAUUUAAACCACAUGAGCUGCUGGACAUUUGGGGUGACUUUCAGAAAAGCCAUCUCACCUGCUGA